AUGGGAAAAGAGAAGAUCGAGGCAGACGAUUUCAUCGCGCUCCUGAAGUAUUCUCCGUGUCCGUACAGGGAAUUCCGGCGGUCGAUGGCGGAGAUGGUGGAGGUGCGCCUGGGCGGCGGCGAGAAAGUGGAUUGGGAUUUUCUGGAGGAGCUUCUGUUUCGUUAUUUGGAUCUGAACAACGAAAAGACUCACAGGAACGUGCUGCGGGCUUUUGUGGAUUUGGUCGUCGUCUUGCACGAGAACGAUUGGAGAUCACCGGGGCGGCAGCGUCGACCUUGGGAAGGCGUCAGAGGUGGUGGUGGGAGGCUGCUGAAAGGGGAGAAGUAG